UCUACGUCAUUGUGACGUAGUGCGUUGCGUGGGCUAGCUAUAGCAGCAUUAGCUGUGUAACGGUGAUGCUCUAGAGGGUCUCUGAAGAUUUCCGAAAUAUCGACGCAGAUCGACAUUUCUGAGAGGAUCUAAUUAAUGCUCUGUGCCAUGUCCCUGAAGAGCCCAUCAGACCUGCUCAAUGAAAACACGUACAUCCCUCCUUCCUUGACCCUUGACCAGCUCUGCUUAUCAUAUGAAAGAAGGUUGGACCCGACAGAGACUCGUGGGUCAGAUGCUUUCUCUCUAAAGAGUCAACUUAAUAACGGCAGCACAAACUCUCUCCAGCUUCUCAAAGGCAUUAUGGGAGGACUAGAUGAUAAUGAUGAUGUGUCCCUGCGGCACCAGGAAGAUGAAUGGAGCAGAAAUCAUGAGAAUGAGCACAGCCUUCCAGUCUCUGAGAGCAACGCCAAGUGGAUGAAGGAAGGUCAGAAUCAAUUAUGCAAGUUAGCAGAGCAACAGCAAGACCAGAAUCUGAACCUGGUUGAAAACAAGAAUGAAUCUACUGACAGAAACCCAAACCAGAACUCACAGCGGCGUCAUGAGGAGAAGAACAAGACCCUGAAAGCGCUCUGCUCUGAGCACAGCUGGGCAGACGAUCAACCUCUUCUGAUUUACUCUUCUAACACUCUGAUGGAGAACAACCAAGAAAACCAAGAGCACACGAGAGACGUGGAAGUAGAGAGAGAGGAAGAGGAACAUUUAAAUCCCAGUGGAGCAGAGGGCGCAGAUUCACCUGAGAUUCAGAAGAAAGGAGGUGAAGGUGGCAGCAGAAAUGCUUGUUUAUUAUUCAGUAAAAACGUCAUUCCCAGCGACGAGGAGUCCAGCUGCAUGUCUCUGUCUCAGGGAAGCACUGCAAGCAGCACCCCGGACGGAGAGCCAGAGUCCUACUGGGAUGGCAGUGCUUUUGAAACAGACACGGAUCUGCCGGCUGGAUGGAUGAGGGUGCAGGACACAUCAGGCACCUACUACUGGCACAUCCCCACAGGGACCACGCAGUGGGAGCCACCUGGACCCCUGGAGGAGAGAGCAGCCAGCACCUCACCUGCGCUCACACCUGCUGACCAGCCUCAGAUGACAUGGAGCAGUGUUUCUCACCCAAACACAUUCACCGAGGAAGAGCACUGGCAGAAGGUGGACGUGGCUUCUGAUGAAAGUCUGAAGGAGUUUGAGGGAGCGACUCUACGUUAUGCCUCCAUCAAUCUCAGGUUUUCUCAGUCUGAGGAGGAAGAGGAACAGACUUUUUUGAGCAGUAAUGAGGGGGCGAAGCAGUGCUUCGCAGUGCGUUCUCUGGGCUGGGUGGAGAUCUCAGAAGAGGAGAUGGCUCCUGGAAGGAGUAGUGUUGCUGUUAAUAACUGUAUCCGACAGCUGUCCUACCAGAAGCACAAUCUAGAUGACACCGCUGGCAUCUGGGGCGAGGGGAAGGAGAUGCUUCUGGUGCUGGAGAAUGAGUCUCUGAACCUGAUCGAGCCUCACGGUCGAACGCUGCUGCACUCUCAGCCCAUCAUCAGCAUCCGUGUGUGGGGAGUUGGACGUGAUGAUGGCAGAGAGAGGGACUUUGCAUAUGUGGCACGAGACAAGUUGACUCAUGUGCUCAAGUGUCAUGUAUUUCGGUGUGACACCCCUGCUAAGAACAUCGCCACAAACCUGCAUGACAUCUGCUCAAAGAUAAUGGCCCAGAGGAAGUCAUCCAGCAGACUGAACCCUGACCCCUCAAGACUUGGGGACCUCCCCUUCCAGGAGUUCCCAGUUCCCAAGAAUGAGCUGGUCCAGCGCUUCCAGGUGCGCUACCUGGGUCGUGUGCCAGUGACGAAGCCAGCUGGCAUGGAUGUGAUUAAUGUGGCACUGGAGACUGCUCUUAACAGCAAAGACCAGGAUUGGACUCCUGUGACGGUGAACGUGGCGUCCGCUACACUCACUAUUCUGACGUCUGAGGCGGAGGAAGUUCUUUCUGAAUGUCGUGUGCGUUUCCUGUCAUUUAUGGGAGUUGGGAAGGAUGUGCACACGUUUGCGUUCAUAAUGGCAGAGGGACCUGGAGACUUCAUAUGUCACAUGUUCUGGUGCGAUCCAAACGCUGCGAGUCUAAGUGAGGCCGUACAGGCCGCCUGUAUGCUGCGGUAUCAGAAGUGUUUGGACGCUCGGCCCCCCAGCGGUGGCAGCUCUUGUCUGCCCGGGCCGCCUGCUGACUCUGUGGCCCGCAGGGUGGGAUCCAGUGUGAAGAAGGGGGUUCAGAGUCUGCUGGGGAGCUUCAAGAGAUCUGGAUCUCAGACACCCUAAUGAGGAAAACACCUCCUCUGCAGUGCUCACUACAGAUAUGUUUAGUUCUGUGUGUGUUUGUGUGUUUUAUGGCUCGUUCACACCACUGCGACUGUCCUCCUGCGGUUAGCAGGCAAAAGAACCAGAAGACACACAAGUUACGCUGACAGAUAUUGCAUCAUCACAAUCACAUUUCAUUAGCUUUUUCUGUUGGUUUGCAUUAGCAGAAGUACUGCAGAAGUGAUUUAGCACUGCUGGGUAUUACCAAGAUUGGAUUCUCAGUGUAAUGGAUAUUAUGUGCACUACACGCUCUAAUGAACAAAUAUUACGCAUUCUAUAAAAAAACACUAAAAUUAGCUUAUAUACUAUGCAAUGGGCUUUUUUAUUUUUGGUUCUUCCUCUGGCUUUGCAUUGACACAAACUUUUUUUUUCUUCUGAAAGAGCAGGUUAUACGUUUUCUUAAUUUGUCCUAAUAUUGCUUUGGAGUCCCCUACAACAAGUUUAAAGCAUCUAAGGUCAGGAAACACUGUCAUUUUACAGAGAGUCAUUUGUCCAUGAUUUCGAAAUGGUUCGUUCAGUUCUGAGCAACAUGUCUGUAAACCCCUCCCUUCCAUAAGCCUGCUCUGCUCUGAUUGGACAGCUGGCCAAGCCUGUGGUGAUUGGCACAAAGAGGAGCGCUAGAGCAAGUUAGCUAGCUAGCGCUACCAUCUGUAGUGCCAAGUCCGCUGUUGUUUGUGAUGUUGUGGGUUGUAGCGACCCCAAGAACGUCAUAUUUAGGCACUGGAAAGUGAAUUUACCAGGGGAACCCCGACUGAAAGUGUACACCCCAGAACACGAUUUUUUAAAAGCACCCCCCUUGAAACACAAUCGGGCUAAUUUGAGUAGCAAUUGGGCGGGUUUUGUUGUGACAACCUGGCAACCCUAGAAUGUACCGUUUCAUAAAACAAUAAUAUAUUGCUCCAGUCAGUUCUUAAAAUGUUUUUGUCAUUAUUUUUUAACACGUAUGCCAGCAAAUUGUGCCCACAGCUAAAGUUUAGCUGCUAAACUGUAAACACUUUACAAAACAUUAAUGGUGGAUACGUUAGCCAAAUGACUAACUGAUGAAACAAUACAGUCUGAAAAUCUAAAUGUCUACUGUAAUGUCUGAAGAACGUCAGACAAAAGACGCUUCGUGUCUUAACUCGUCUCUACUGAGUAUUUUACUCCCUGCAUUAACCCUCUACUACAUAAACAGCACUUUCACAAUGCUUAUAAAGUCUGUGCGCUACACUACAUUCUUUAUUAUUAAGCGUAAAUAGAACAACAUCAGUCUACAUUAAUCGACACACUCUUAGGAAAUAGUGGGUUCACAGCGAAUUAUAACUAUUUCAGUGAAACACUAAUAUCGUGCUUUACCUGGGAACCUAAAGCUGCAUUAGGUAUACAUCACAUUACCACAAAACCACAAAAACUAGAUAUUUUGAGCACUCAAUUGAAAAUGUACACAUAACGUAUCAAUCGUACUUACAGGUUGUGGUUGGGAGAUGCUUGUUAGUCAGAUAAAAGGCAAGAUUAGAGAAGCAGUCCUCAGUAAAAUGACGAGCACAACCAAAGGUUUGAAUUGAAUUACUGUGGUAUCGUAGAACACAGAGAGUGUUCAGGAGGGGACUAAUGUGUUACCCAGUGACGUAUACCGGUAACAGACAGAAGAUCUGAAAAUAUAACGACUCGUUGAGGCGAUUCUGAGUCGACUCUUUCCUUUUCAUCAUGCACUUUUUUGAUUAAAACAUUAGCAAACGUUUAACAUUGAAGGAUAGCUACCUUACAAACUGCAUGACAUACUUUUCAAAAACCCAUAUGACCUGCUCUUGAAGAACCCCAGAGUUCGUAACCUCUGUAUGCUGUUUACCCUAAAAACACAGUGUGACUCUCAUGUCCAAACCUGCACACAUUCCAGAAGUCUGUGUCUGACUCCACUGUCUUUGACUUUAUGAAAGAAAUGCAGUUCCACAGAUAUUCUACUUGCCUUGCUUACCACAAGUCACAAAGCCUUUUAACUCCUUCCAUUAUAGUUGAUGUCGAUGUUUGUUAAAAAUUAACUUAACUUAUACUUUACUGUACAUUUACCCACUCUGUCAGUUUGUGAACUUAGACUAUUUUAUUAAUUUGUAAAAUAGAAUUAACAUAUCCUAGUCUUCCAAAGUGUAUUUGCUCAUUAAGAAAGCCCCGCUUUAAAUAAGCACAUUUUUUUAUUAUUAUUAUUUUAAUUUCUUUAAUAUUUUUGUUCAUGUUUGAUAUGUUGGAUGGCUUUAUCUUGAUAAACAAAAACAAAAAGGCAUUUUUAUGAUCAAAAACACAAACUUCAGCACAAACAAAAUUCUCUCGAGGGUGCUCUGUUGUGUUUUUGUUUUUUGUCCCUCUUUUAAAGGGGUCAUAUGACGUUGUUAAAAAGAACAUGAUGUUGUGUAUUUGGUGACAUUGUGAUUGGCUAAAUCCCUGCGCGUGAUGGAAAUGUUAUGCCAUACUGUGAUGCCGUCUCCCGACAACAAGACAAAACCAAUAAAACCCAUUACAAAUUAGGCAUUCGUUGCAUCCAGUGGGGACAUAAUUUCUGAUUAUAAAGACUUAUACUGUCUCUUUAUGAGUUGCGUUGCGUGUCAUGUUGAGUAAAAAUAAAACCAUGUCUGCAUUUGUGAUCAGAGAAACAACAAACAACAACCUCUUUUCUA